CAAACACACAUUUUUCGUGCUUCACGUCGGAGGAAGAAUCUGAGAAAAUCAUGGCCGUCGUUUCGAGAAAUUCCGGCAACGUCAACGGCGUAUCCUCCUCCGCUACCGAUGAUCCUAUCUUACCUUUUCUCCAGUCAAUUUAUGAGGCAUUGCGAAUUCAAAAUUCGAGCGACCAAAUCGAUUUUGCGGAUUUCGAUGCGCUCGUUGCGAAUUGCAUUCAUAGCUUCAAGUCCGAUCCGCGGUAUCGAGACGACAUCAGAUUUCUCAAGAUCUGGUUCCUCUAUAUGGAUGGUAGCUCAGAUUAUGAAAGAGUGUUUAAGGAAAUGGAGGAGCACAGGAUUUGUGUACACAAAGCACUGCUUUAUGAAUCAUUCGCUUUGUUUCUGGAAGCGAAAGGCAAACUGAUAGAUGCUUGCAUGAUUUAUCAUCUUGGCAUCUCAAGAAAUGCUCAGCCACUGGGGAGACUUAAAAAAGCUCAGGUUCUAUUUCUCGAGAGGAUGUCUGAAAGGGUAUCUAACGAAUCAUUUCAAAAGAUGAAAAAUGGUGUUUCUGUAGAGGACGGAGAUAAUUUUAUUAAUCCAUGGUCUGUCUCAACCCUCAAAGACCUACUGCAGAAAAUGAAUUCUAAAGUUGUACAAUUUGAGGGAUACCUAUCAAGUAAUAAAGCAUAUCCUGGAAAAGUGUCGUUAUCCACCUUGCAGAAAUCAGCUAAAAACAAAAGCAUCAAAAUCAAUAUAGGUGGAGAAAAUUAUCAGAUCAGAGGAUGUGCAGGCCAGGGUGGCUUUGCUCAGGUGUUCAAAGCAUAUGUGGACAGCAACCCUGAUCAUGUUGUUGCCCUUAAGAUUCAAAAGCCACCAUUUCCUUGGGAGUUUUAUAUGUACCGUCAACUUGACAUUCGGAUUCCUGAAAAAGAAAGGAAGAGUUUUGGCUUUGCUCACACAUUGCAUCUCUAUUCCGACUAUAGCGUCUUGGUCACUGAUUAUUUUGCUUAUGGGACACUACUGGAUGCCAUAAACUCUAAUGAUGUUAGAGGCGGGUCCAUGGACGAAGUAUUAUGCAUUUAUUACACCAUUGAGAUGCUUCAAAUGCUAGAAACUCUGCAUUGUGCUGCAAUGAUCCAUGGCGACUUCAAACCUGAUAAUUUGCUCAUACGAUAUUCUAGGGAUGAUCCAACAGAGGAUGUAAACGAUUUCCGCCUUCGAGCUGGAACAUGGGGCGAUCAGGGACUAUGCCUUGUGGACUGGGGAAGAGGUAUAGAUCUGAGUUCCUUCCCCGAAGGCACCAAAUUCAUGGGAGAUUGCAGAACUUCAGGCUUCCGUUGCAUCGAAAUGCAAGAAAAAAAACCAUGGACAUUUCAGGUGGACUUGUACGGCCUGUGCGUUAUAGUUCACAUGAUGCUACACAACAAAUACAUGAAGAUUGAGAAGAUAGCAUCUCCAGAAGGAGGCUUCCAUUACCAGCCCAAAGAACAUUACAAGCGGUACUGGAAAGUCGAUCUCUGGAAGAACUUGUUUACAAAGCUACUCAACUCCGAUCCAGACGAGGAUCACGUGAAGUUACUGCAGUCUCUGAGGGAGUCGUUACAGGACUACAUGUGCUCGGAUCCGAAGCUAAUCAAGAAGUUGAAGGAAUUACUUGAGAAACAAAGAACAUCUAUGUUUGGGAAAUAGCUGAAUUGUUGAGUCUGUUAGUAAUGUUUGGGAGUAGCUGCUAACUGCAAAGUGUGUUCUGUAUAUGUUUUCAUCAAAGUAAUGUAUACAAAUGAGUGAAUGGAAGAAAUUAGUAGUACCAUUUUAUUUAG